AGCGAAUCGAUUAUUUCGUUGGUGGAUGUUGAUCUGGAGAAAAGCUUGGGCGGCUCGUCUCGCUGGGGCUUCCCACUAAUAGCGAUGCCAGUGCCGGGAAUCAACCGGUGCUGAGGUUGCAGUGGCGCGGGAUAGCCACAGAAACUCAACCUCGACAUCACGCAUCACUGAGAUAGCGGGCCUCUCUCUUCGGGCCGCUGUAUCUUUUUCUUUUCCACAGUGAUAAUCAUGUCAUCAUCACAGCAGGUUCCUGCUAAGAAGCAGCAGGAUCUCCAAACAACUUACUCCAAUUUCAAAAAUACGUUACAGCAAAUUGCUUCAAAAAUCGGCGAUAUUGAGCAGGAAGCUGAAGAGCACAAGUUGGUUCUUGAAACCUUAGAGCCGCUUGCGGAAGAUCGAAAGUGUUUCCGUUUGAUCAAUGGUGUGCUCGUGGAGAGAACAGUGAAGGAUGUGGUGCCGGCACUCCAGACAAAUCAGGAGGGGCUGAAGAAAGUCCUCGAUGAUUUAGUAAAGCAGUACAAGAACAAGCAGGAUGAGUUGGAUAAAUGGAAGAAAAAGAAUAACGUCCAGGUAGUGCAGCAGUGAGACACACAACAGCUUAUCGCAUUUAAUAAAAAAACAAAGAAAGACAAGGCAACCACAGCCAUAUCAGUUUUCAGAUUAUCACUCGUGCAGUUACUAAGCAAGAGCCUAACCAUCUACCAGCGCCAAUGCAGAAUCCAUCCUCCACGGUCGACUUCGGAUGUCUUCGAUGCAUUGCUGAUUUACGACAUCAACAUCUUGGUUUUCGCUCCACCAUUCAAUCUCAUUACGCAUUAUGAUUCAGCCAUACGUGGCCAUGCCCCCUUGACGAUGCAUAAAACAACUCUUGGCGUUCAAAGGAUCCUCUUAAUGCCCGGCUGUUCAGCCCCUCGGAAUUCAUCCCUGUGCUGAUGACGCCUCAGUGCCCAACGAC